AUGCGUCGCCAUGGCAGGGCCAGCGGAGGCCCGACCAAGGCCGUCUCGCCCUUGUCUGAUACAGUGUCGCUCAUCCAUUCCUUCGAUUCCGUCCUCAACCCCAACCGACCCGCACGACCCUCGCCAUUAGCCUCCUCCCAUAUAAAAGCAUUGCCGCUCGAACUCAUCGACCGUCUGCGCUCAUUUCCCCUGUUCCAGGCCACGCCCGAAUCCUUCUUGAUCGAGGUCGGCCAGCACCUGCGACCGCAGCUUCAUGCCCCCAACGACUAUAUCCUGACAGAAGGCGACGAUGCCAAGGCAAUAUAUUGGUUGGUGCGGGGCGCCGUCUCGGUCACAUCACGCGAUGGCGAGAGUAUAUAUGCUGAACUCAACCCUGGGGCGUUCUUCGGAGAAAUCGGCGUGCUGAUGGAUCGGCCACGCACAGCGACGAUCAUCGCUCGUACGAGAUGCAUGCUGGUCGUGCUCACAAAAGAAGAUUUUCGAAAUAUCUUGCCACGUUUCCCAGAAGUGGAGCGGGCAAUCAGAGAAGAAGCGCAAGAGCGUUUAAUGAUCUUGGAGAAGAAGAAAAAAGAAACUUCGGCUCCUGUCGUGGAUGAGCCCAGCCCCAGUCCGGUGCGAAGGGGUUCCAAGCGCUUGAGAGAGAGCUUUUCCAAAGACUUGGCUGUGGCCGAGGAGGACUUCACUGUCAACUCGAUCCACAAGAAACGAAAGUCCCCGAGCCCAGGGCGUCGAGACCCUUCGAGCGCGCUGGCCAAUGGUUUGGUGAAUGUUCGUCUGUUGCUCAAAGAGCUUCCGCUGUUCAAUGGAUUGCCAGCCGACAUCCUCCACUUCCUGGGACUCAACGCUCAGCCAAGCUCCUUCCCACCAUUCACCGAUAUUAUCAAGCAAGAUUCUCAAGGCCGAGAACUGUAUUUUAUUGUACGUGGUGAGGUUGAAGUUGUCACUGAAAGAAAUGGACACAGUCGUGCGCACCACGGCCAACAAAAUGGCAUUGAUCGCGCCGAGGUCGAGAUCAAGGCUCGACUGAGGCAAGGCCAAUAUUUCGGAGAAGUGGUUAGUCUGUCACUGGCGCCGCGUAGGACCGCUACUGUUCGAUCCGUUACGUCGGUCGAGUGCCUCAUGCUGAGCGGGGAGGUGCUUUCAAAAUUCUGGGAAAUGUGCCCCCAUGAUAUUCGCGAGCAAGUUGAGCGUACUGCACAAGAGAGACUCCAAGCUGCCGCAGACGGCGAUGUGAUCAUGUCGGACGCAACGGACGAACAGUCUCCCCUAGGUGACCUUGAUAUGGAUGAACGUGUCAGCAUAAGGGCUGCUCGGAGACGCUCAAUGCCAUUGUUGACAUUGACUGAGACCGAGCUGGACGGGCCACAUCAAUCCUCACCCGUCAAGGACCAGGAAGAAGCUGUCCUGAGACCUUCAGACCCUGACCCCUACCUCAGCCUGGGAUUGGACAAGGUUCGGCUUCGAAGCCGGCGCGGCUCGUUGGCGCCAUUGACUCCGGAAGAACUUACUGGAGAGCAACAGCGUCCAUCCCCCACCGAAUCUCGUUCUGUAGGCUCCUCGUCUGAUCUUGCUCUUCCUGAGACCGUUGGUCUCUCAAAACCCCACCAGAAACCACGUCCACUUGGUGAUGCUCAACACGGUAUCUUCCCUGACAGCGUACUGUUGAACAUCUUCCAAUUCAUGGAGCUUCACGAACUUAUUCGGCUCCGUGGUGUCUCCUCUCAUUGGUCUGAGAUCUUGAACACAUCAAACGAGAUUGUCCGUGACUUGGACCUCAGCAUAUACAAUCGCUGCGUGACGGACGACGUGCUUUUGAAGGUCAUCUGCCCAUUCGUCGGUAAUAGACCUCGGUCUGUCAACAUCAACAACUGCUUCCAUAUCACCGAUGAGGGUUUCAAUGCGCUAGUAAAAACUUGCGCACCCACGUCGACCACGUGGAGAAUGAAGAGUGUCUGGGAUGUUACCGCAUCUGCGAUCCUCGAGAUGUCUAGCAAAGCUGUUAGUCUCGAAGAAGUGGAGCUUAGCAAUUGCCGCAAAGUGGGAGACACACUCAUGGCGCGGAUCCUUGGAUGGGUCGUUCACGGGAAUCAGAAGCCUGAGGGGAAAACAUCCUCUAUCAAGCCGACUCUCCAAACAGCUGACGGCACGGUAUAUGGCUGUCCCAAGCUGAAAAAGCUCACCCUUUCCUACUGCAAACACGUCACGGAUCGGUCAAUGCACCACAUUGCCUCUCAUGCUGCUAGCCGCAUCGAAGAGAUGGACUUGACACGUUGCACUACCAUCACAGACCAAGGGUUCCAGUAUUGGGGCAAUGCACGAUUCACCAAUUUGCGCAGACUCUGUUUGGCGGACUGCACAUACCUGACUGACAAUGCUAUUGUUCAUCUGACAAAUGCUGCCAAGCAGCUGCAAAAGUUGGAUCUGUCCUUCUGCUGCGCUCUCUCCGAUACGGCCACCGAAGUCCUUGCUCUCCAAUGUUCCCAACUACAAUACCUCAACAUGUCAUUCUGUGGCUCGGCUAUUUCUGAUCCGUCUCUGCGAAGCAUUGGUCUUCACCUCCUGUCCCUCAAACACCUGUCAGUGCGUGGUUGUGUCCGUGUUACUGGAGUUGGUGUCGAGGCUGUCGCAGAGGGCUGCCAUCAACUACAAUCCUUUGACGUGAGCCAGUGCAAAAACCUGAUGCCAUGGUUUGAAGAUAACGGGCCCAUGCGGUACCAACCACGGAUCGAGUUUGAGACUGUGGCUUCCAAUGGGCGGAACUUUAGGUGA